UCAUCAGCGUGCACCACCCGGGUAACGGCUAGGCUGCGAAAGCAUGGCUACUGCUGCUACUGCUAUACUGUCGCAGUCUUUGAAAACAGACAUAGCCCCAGUCUCUGAAACUUCAGAAACAGCCGCAACAAUGGCUAGGACGUCUGCAGGAACAGCUGCGGUCGCGGCAGUUAUGGCCGCCUCGAGAACCGGAUCCGAAACCAGGGUCUCCAAGGCCGCUUUGGCUACUAAGCUGCUGUCCCUCAGUGGCGUGUUCGCGGUGCACAAACCCAAAGGGCCCACUUCAGCCGAGCUGCUGAAUCGGUUGAAGGAGAAACUGCUGGCAGAAGCUGGAAUGCCUUCUUCAGAAUGGUCCAAGAGGAAAAAACAGACUUUGAAAAUUGGGCAUGGAGGGACUCUAGACAGCGCAGCUGGAGGUGUUCUGGUCAUUGGAAUUGGAAGGGGAACAAAAAUGUUGACCAGUAUGUUGUCAGGGUCCAAGAGGUAUAUUGCCAUUGGAGAACUGGGGAAAGCCACUGACACGCAAGAUUCUACAGGGAAAGUGACAGAAGAGAAACCCUAUGAUAAAAUAACACAAGAGGAUAUUGAAGGCAUUCUACAGAAAUUUACUGGGAAUAUAAUGCAAGUACCCCCCCUCUAUUCUGCCUUAAAGAAAGAUGGGCAGAGACUUUCAACUUUAAUGAAGAGAGGUGAAGUAGUAGAAGCAAAACCUGCCAGGCCAGUUACUGUAUACAGUAUCUCCCUUCAAAAAUUCCAGCCGCCAUUUUUCACAUUAGAUGUUGAAUGUGGAGGAGGUUUUUAUAUCAGAAGCUUGGUCAGUGACAUUGGCAAAGAGCUGUCUUCCUGUGCCAGUGUGCUCGCACUUACCCGAACGAAACAGGGGCCAUUCACACUGGAGGAACAUGCCCUUCCUGAAGACAAGUGGACCAUUGAUGGCAUCGCACAGUCUCUUGAGCACUGCUCAUCUCUUUUCCCAGAUGAGCUGGCUCUUAAAAAAUCAAAACCCGAAGAGUCGAGUGAGCAGAACUUGAGCUGUGAACCUAUAACCCUAAAUGAGACAAAGGGAGAAAGUGAUGUGAUUAAGACAUUUUGAGAUUGGUCUGGAGGAUCCUCAUUUCCUGGUUGAUAUUUGAAUGAAUCCUGUAUACAGAGACAGAAUGACAAGCUGCGUGCAAGAGACAAAUACUUUUUUUUUUUAUGAAGCAAACAAAAUACCCCUUACAGUUUCAAUAGCAUACAAUUUAUUUACUAUUCAGCGUGCAAGUGGCCUUACAGUCAUUCUGCUUUUUGCUGUGCUAUAGAUAGUUCUUUUAAGAUGCUUUUAUGUUGUUAAAAUAUAAAUUUGAUUAGAUUCAGGAAAAUCAACUUUCUGAAUUUGAUCUUGCUUCAGUCUUUUCCUGUGAAAAGGUUGGACAAGCUUUCUAAUGAAAGAAAAAUAUCAGCUACACGUUCUCUUCAGUUUCACAGAAAUAAUCAUAAUUUAGUAUUACUUUUAUUUAGGCUUCUUAGUAGCUCCAUUGUUUUGAAAUUCUUUGACUAUGAAAUAGCCAUUAAUGAAUUCUUUUUUGUGAUUUAGAGAAUUUAUUAAUACUAAAACAUUUUGUUGAUAAGACUGUACUUAAGGCUGCAUUUAGAUCUUGGAAAUAAAGUUUUAUAAUCAGUAUUUUUAAAUGAACCAAAUUAUCCUGUUUCCACUAGUGGGAUAUAAGUAGAAAGACAAAAAAUAAUUAAUUAAUUAAUGUCAUUUCUACCAUGACAACAGAAGACAGCUCCUUAGUGUUACAUGUUGGCUGCUACGAGGUAUUUUCUUGGUGAUAAUAUUAACAGAGUAAACUACCUUGUACCAAAUUACUAAAUAGCAUGUUUAAAUUUUAAACGAAGGAAUAUAUCUUAAAUUUUUCUUUUCUUCAUUCUUUAGCAUUUGUAUUUCUUUAUAGGGCAUUUGCCUGUAUGACAUUGUUUCUUUGUUGUUUGCUCUCUAGACUUGGAGAAGGCUGACCACAUUUCCAGUUAAUCUCUUCUGCUCUAACUAUUUAAGGACAGUGAUACUCAAGUGUUUUCAUUCAGAUAGCUUCAGAAAGUUCUGUGUCCCUCUUUACCAUAAUUUUGAAAAUGUAGUCACAUUACAAAAUAGCAAAUUUCAUGUAACGAGUGUUCCAUAUUUUAGUUAGGAAAUGUAAUAUAUUAAGCAGCUAGCCUAUAGAAACACUCAAGUCCCUCUUCUUUUACUCGAGUGUAAUUUCAGAAGGAAGUCUCAUUUCAAAUUUCACGAAAUAAAAGUUUUUAGAUUUCUAUGAAUUGCCUUUUAAAAAUGUGAUUGCUUAUAAUCUAUCUCAAAAAGUUUAAAAUUUAUAAGCCAAAGUGGCUUUAUUUAUGCAUAAUUAAUAUGAAUUUAAUAUAAAAAGUUGGAUGUUUUAGUAGAGCAUUUUCAGCAUAGUGACAGCAUAUUAUAAAUGAAAGUAUUAAAACUAAUUCUCAGUAUGAAAUGCACAAUGAGAAGAGUUGAUAUCGUGAUAUGUUAACAUAACAUACCAAACACAUAAAUUUGUAAGUUGAAAGUUUAUACUGUUAUAUAUUUAGUGCCUGCAUUUUAUGCCAGCCAAUGUAACAGCGACUAUUUCUGCCUAUUGGAAUGGUGCAGAUUGAGGUAUAUCUUCUUUUAUUACCAAUUAAAGUCCAAAUAGAGAAGUACUUAGGUUUUCAAUCACAACUGAGGAACUUCUGCCCUUUUGUCAACUUGAUAUGUCUAAUUUGUAAUUGGGAAGAGUAGAGAUUACUUGAAAAGGCAAGUAACUAAAAAUUUACCAUGUUAAUGCACUAACUGUAGAAUUUUAAUUUGAUAUUACUAGUUUUUCCUUUUUGUUCAAAGAAUUACAGUCUUAAGGCAUCUACUUUUUUAUAUUUGAUAUUAUCUUGAUUAUAUUUAGUUUUGGUAAUGAUUGUUUGCAUACUGCUUCAUAUUCAUUUAAGCCAUUAUUCUACUACUGAAUACUUAAAUGGCUUUCCGUUUGAUUGGAUAAAUUCUUGAAGGGGAUAAAGUGAAAUUAUAUGAACAAUUUUAUGGUUUAUAUUUGCAUUAUUGCUUUCCCAAAGAGUUGUAACAUUUUACAGUGGUGCCAUUGUGUAGGGAUUUUAUAUGCUAUUGCUAAUUAAGUAUAAGGCCAAAAUCAAAGUUUAAAUUCAUUUUUGUGUGAUUUGUCUAUAUACUUAU